AUAUGUAUUUAGGCUUCUUCUGUACACUGGUACUUGGGAUUCUUCCCACCGAAUGUGCUCCCCUAACAGAUGUGAUUGACUACAUGCCAGGCCUUUCUACACAACCAUCCUUUCGACAUUACUCUGGGUAUCUUGCUGCUUCAGAUGACAAGCGUUUCCAUUAUUGGUUUGUGGAAUCUGAAGAGGAACACGGUUCUAGACCAGUGGUUCUGUGGCUGAAUGGUGGUCCUGGCUGUAGCUCGUUGGCGGGGCUUCUAACAGAACAUGGACCCUUCCUGGUACAAUCAGAUGGUGAAACUUUGGAGUACAACCCUUACUCAUGGAACAAGAUUGCAAAUAUUCUUUAUCUCGAGAGUCCAGCUGGUGUAGGCUUUUCGUACUCUGAUGACAAAAACUAUGUGACAAAUGACACAGAGGUUGCGGAAAAUAAUUAUCAAGCAUUGAAAGACUUUUUCCGUCUGUUCCCGGAGUUCCAAGAAAAUGAUUUCUAUAUCACUGGCGAAAGUUAUGGGGGUGUAUAUGUUCCAACUCUAGCUGUAAGAGUUUCCCGGGAUCCCAGUAUAAACCUAAAGGGUAUUGCUGUGGGAAACGGACUCUUAAGCACUGAGAUAGAUGCUAACUCCCUCCUGUAUUUCUCUUACUACCAUGGGCUUAUUGAUUCACAGCUUUGGUCAUUGCUUCAAUUACAUUGUUGCGAAGAUGGAAAAUGCUCCUUCACUGAUAAGAAACGCCUGGUGUGUCUGAUUUUGGCUCGAAAAGCAUAUUAUACAACCAUGGGUGGCGGAAUGAAUAUAUAUAACCUAUAUCAACCAUGUGCAGAUGGAGCCCCCGGCCAAAUCAGGGACAACGGAGAUCACGUCACUGUAUAUCAUCCUGGUUUUUUCUCUCCAACACUUGGAUCCCACUUCAAAGAAAAACUAGCUAAUGUGACUCGUUCACAAAAGCCAGUGAAAAUGGGCGUUCCGUGUAUAAACAACACGGCUAUCAUAACGUUCCUGAAUAAGGUUGAGGUGCGCGCUGUGUUGCAUAUCCCAGAUGAAGUGCAAGAAUGGGGGAUUUGCAGUGAGACGGUGUUUAGCCAAUAUGAAAGAGAGGUCAAAAGUGUAUACAGCCAGUUUAAGGAACUUCUGAAAAAGGAAUACCGCAUCCUGGUGUAUAAUGGGGAUGUCGAUAUGGCGUGUAAUUUCCUGGGUAAUGAGUGGUUUCUGGACUCUCUUAACAUCACGUUUAAGGCAAACUACCGUCCGUGGCUAUAUACUGAGGAAGGGAUAAAGCAAAUUGCUGGGUUUGUGAAAGAAUUCUCUAACUUGACCUUCGUUACUGUCAAGGGAGCCGGGCACAUGGUCCCAACAGACAAACCAAAUGUGGCAUUUGUCAUGUUUAGCCACUACAUCCGGAAUGAGCCAUUCUAGUCCUGCCUGCCUCGCCUCCUGCCACAGAGGUUCUAAAACUUUUAAACCAGGUCUAAAGAAUGACGGCGAUUUAAUGCUUUGCUGUAUUCGGCUUGUUACUCGAGUCAAGUAUUAAUUGUUACAAUGUGAAUGUUAAAAAAUAAAGUUUGUAUUAUUGCUCAGCA